GGUGCCCGCCCGCCGGUGCCCGCCGGUCCUCCCGGGGCCCCCCCGGGGCCAUGCAUUUCUCCAUCCCCGAGACCGAGUCCCGCAGCGGGGACGGCGGCGGCUCCGCCUACGUGGCCUAUAACAUCCACGUGAAUGGCGUCUUGCACUGCCGCGUGCGGUACAGCCAGCUCCUGGGGCUGCAUGAGCAGCUACGGAAGGAAUACGGGGCCAACGUGCUCCCCGCAUUCCCCCCGAAGAAGCUCUUCACUUUGACGCCGGCUGAAGUGGAGCAGCGGAGAGAGCAGCUGGAGAAGUACAUGCAGGCCGUGCGGCAGGACCCGGCGCUCGGAAGCAGCGAGACCUUCAACGGCUUCCUGCGGCGCGCGCAGCAGGAGACGCAACAGGUGCCCACGGAGGAGGUGUCCUUGGAAGUGCUGCUGAGCAACGGACAGAAAGUGCCGGUCACCGUGUUGACUUCGGACCAGACGGAGGACGUCCUGGAGGCAGUGGCGGCCAAACUGGACCUGCCGGACGACUUGAUUGGCUACUUCAGCCUCUUUCUGGUGCGCGAGUCGGAGGACGGAGCCUUCUCCUUUGUGCGGAAACUGCAGGAGUUCGAGCUGCCGUACGUUUCCGUCACCAGCCUGCGGAGCCAAGAGUACAAGAUCGUGCUGAGGAAGAGCUACUGGGACUCGGCCUACGAUGACGACGUCAUGGAGAACCGGGUCGGCCUCAACUUGCUCUAUGCCCAGACCGUGUCGGACAUCGAGCGGGGCUGGAUCCUGGUCACCAAGGAGCAGCAUCGGCAGCUCAAGUCCCUGCAGGAGAAGGUGUCCAAGAAAGAGUUCCUGCGGCUGGCGCAGACCCUGCGGCACUACGGCUACCUGCGCUUCGAGGCCUGCGUGGCCGACUUUCCGGACAAGGGCUGCCCGGUGGUGGUGAGCGCGGGCAACAGCGAGCUCAGCCUGCAGCUCCGCCUGCCCGGCCAACAGCUGCGGGAGGGCUCCUUCCGGGUCACCCGCAUGCGCUGCUGGCGGGUCACCUCCUCUGUGCCCCUGCCCAGCGGAGGCCCCAACAGCCCGGGCCGCGGCCGCGGAGAGGUGCACCUGGAGCUGGCGUUCGAGUACCUCAUGAGCAAGGACCGGCUCCAGUGGGUCACCAUCACGAGCCCGCAGGCUAUCAUGAUGAGCAUUUGCCUGCAGUCCAUGGUGGAUGAGUUGAUGGUGAAGAAAUCAGGGGGCAGCAUCAGGAAGAUGCUGCGCCGAAGGGUCGGAGGGGCACUGAGGCGUUCGGACAGUCAGCAGGCGGUCAAGUCCCCACCCCUACUCGAGUCCCCCGACGCCGCCAGAGAGCCGAUCGUCAAACUCUCAAGCAAGCUAAGCGCCGUGAGUCUGCGGGGGAUGGCCAGCCCCGGGCCCGCCCCCGACCCCGGCAACAGCGACGUCCACGGAAAUUUCGCCUUCGAGGGCAUCGGGGACGAGGACCUGUAGACGCUGCUGCUGCUGGGCUCUCUCCUCCUGCCCCCUCCCCAGAACGGACGGCGCCGGAUCACUCUUGGUCCUCUCUGCUCUCCCCCUCCGGCCCCGGGCUGGCCGCUGGCCAGGUCCUUACCCCCCCUGCCCCUUUUCUCCCUCUCUCCCCCCACUCCACGGACUCAAGGCUGCCGCCUCCCCCCCCUCCGCCAUUGCCAAAUUAGCAUUUAGUAUUUUUGCACAAAAAGCCGGACGGACGGCGGACCACGGCUGGGGGUGGAGGCCCAGCUCCCUCUCCCCGGCAGCUGCUUCAGCUCUGUGAGGCGCGAGAGAGACCCCCCUCCCCUGCUCCCCACACCCCCCUCCGUUGCCAUUAAAGUCGGCCU